CUUUUAUGUUGUAUAUGAAUCAAAUUGUUCAAAUUAUUGAAUAAUUUGUAAUUAAAUAAAAUAUAAAAACAUGUUACUGAUUUAUCCAUAGGCUGUGAUUAUCACGAGUGAAUAGUAAAUAAAAAACUACAGAUCGAAUUUAUUUUACAGCUUUAUAUAUUUCUACAAUUAAAAAAACAAUUUACUGGACAUUUUGCAACUUCCUAACUACAAUUCUUAUCUUGUUAAAAUUAAAUAAACCUUUGUACUUAUAAGUUUUUGGAAAAAACAUGCCGUCUACUCAAGAACGAAACCCAGGCUGUGAAUUGGAUUUGGGUUGGGUGAACAGCAUAAAUGUAAACCUAAGAGCAACGAAUGAAUUAGCUAAGAACAUAGUUGCAUCCAGGGAACUAAAGGGUGAAUACAGAGCAGCCUGGAUUCUGAAAGCAAUAACUUUAAUAGAUCUUACUACCUUAGGAGGAGAUGACACAAAGAGCAACGUGACUAGACUCUGUUUUAAGGCAGCAAGACCUGUAGCUGAAGAUAUUCUCAAUGAAUUAGGAUUUGAGUACAAUGAGGAUUCUCCUAUUCAUACUGCAGCAGUUUGCGUUUAUCCUUCAAGAGUCGCAGAUGCUGUUAAAGCAUUGGGUGAUAUGGGAAUGCUUGGAAAGAUUAAUGUCGCUGCAGUUGCCACGGGAUUUCCAAGUGGCCAAUAUCCAAUAAAUACAAGAUUGGAGGAGAUUCAAUACGCAGUCAAAAAUGGUGCCAAAGAAAUAGAUAUCGUCAUCGAUCGAAGUUUGGUGUUGACUGGAAAAUGGCAAGAACUCUACCAAGAAAUUCAAGUUAUGAAAGAAGCUUGUGGACCCGAUGCACAUUUGAAAGCUAUUCUGGCAACAGGAGAGUUAGGAACACUUGACAAUAUUUAUAAGGCUUCUUUAAUAGCAAUGAUGGCUGGAUCGGAUUUUAUAAAAACAUCUACUGGAAAAGAAGCUGUUAAUGCUACUUUACCUGUUGGUUUGAUAAUGGCAAGAGCUAUCAAGGAUUACUUUGAUAGGAUGGGCUAUAAGGUUGGUUUGAAACCCGCUGGUGGUGUUCGAACUGCCUCCGAUGCAAUAAAUUGGUUAGUUCUCAUAAAAGAAACCUUAGGAAAUGACUGGCUGAACAGCGAAUUAUUCCGUUUUGGCGCGUCUGGUUUAUUGGGAGAUUUGGAAAGUAGUUUAUACCAGUACGUCACUGGAAAGACUCCGGCUGGUUACGAGUUUAUGAUGGGGUAGUUUAACUUGUAUAUAAAAUUAUAUUUGUAUAAAAUAUUUUUUCUAUAUAAUAAUGCUGUAAAUAGUUUCAUUUUAUUUGAAUUAAAAUAAAAAUAAAAAUAAAA